AUGGCGGCGCAACCUCAACGACACUUUUGGCAUGUGAACGAAUCGGCGGCAAUUGCCAUAGGAAAGCUGGCUGUAAAGUCCAAUGAUCCCGUUCUGAGAAGCAAGGAAGAUUGGUGUUGGCACGCAUGGGCUGCCAUUGGCGCGAUUUACUAUCCUGACCACGACCAAACCAACACCGGCCAGCCCACCUAUCUUAUCCCCCGAGAGGCAUACCGAGGGCUCCCUCCUGAUGACCCGGAAGACCAGAAACCAGACGUCGUUGUUAUCAGGUUCAUGACGAUUGCAAAUGUGCUACCUCCGGUGGCCACCGACAGGGACAUCCUCUGGAUCGAGUGUAAGGCGCCCGACGAGGACGUGCCGAACAGGUGGAAGCUGUGCAUGAACCAAGCCGUCACAAGGUUGAACAACGCGCACCCGAACCGUCGGGUCUUUCUCAUCUUGACCACUGGCCUGAAGUGGAUGCCGUUCCUCUGGGACCCUCCGAACCAAGCUGCUGGCAUGCAACAAUUGCCCAACGCAAAUCCUCAGGGCUUGGCGUUCCUUAUGGAUCGGCAGGCGUAUCCUAACAAACAAGACUGGUUGGUGGAUCGCCGAAUUUGCCAGAUUCCUCAGAAUCUGCUGCCCAAUCAGGCGCAUAUCUCUAACCAAGCCAUCCCGAACGGCCAGCUUGCAGCCGGGCGGCUGGCUAUUGAUACGACGCGGGCGUACUCGAUCCAGUUCUGGGACAAUGCCGGCCAGCUGGCCAACGUGGCACAGCUGCAAUAUCUGGAGAACCUGUUCUUGAUGAUUCGAGGCCAACAGUUCAAUGAUGCCAACCCUGCAAGCUUCUGA